UAAUUUUGUGUUUUCAGCUGAUUUAAUUGACAUCGAUUUUUUUUUGCAAGUGUGAAACGUGUAAAAGGAGAGCAAAAAAAAAAAAUACAAUUUAAUUUUGAAGUGCAAAAUUUUUAAAUGUUGUAAAUGAUCAAUAUGAAGUCCCUUUUACAUGCUAGACAGUAGGAAUUAUUUCCUUUUCUUUUCAAAGAGCAAGGUUUUUAAAUGUUGCACAUGCAUUGAGAACUUUGCAAACUUUGUUUCAUCAGAUAAGCAUGCAAUCAUUUGUGAAACUGACGACUCACUCAAAGAGGGUUUCGCAAGAAUUAUGUAAACGCCAGAGAUGAAGAUGAUUAGCAAUAAAGGAGACGAGUGUCAGAUCGUGGUAGAUUUUGCAUGUGAUCUUUCUUUAUUCUGUCAUGUUUAAAAAAACAUAGCUCACGUCGCCUUGAUACAUUUCUUUCCUCGUUGUCUGUUAGAAACUGGAGCUUUCCGAGAAUGACCAGGCGACAACGAUGGACAUCGCCGCCAUCAUGGACAACGUCUCCAUCGUCCUCUACAGUCUGACCAUCGUGCUCGGCAUUACGGGGAACUCCAUGGUGAUCUGGGUCGCCGGAUUCAAGCUCAAGCCAAAGGUCACCAAUGUGUGGUUGGUGAAUCUGGCCAUCGCGGACCUCAUCUUCUGCUUCACGCGAAUCUUCUCCCUCAUAAAGAAGCUCCUCAACAACAACUGGCCCUUCGGCACCUUCGUCUGCAAGUUCAACGGCUUCUUCAAAUACGCCAACAUGUUCUGCUCCGUCUUCCUGUUGGCCGUGAUCAGUCUGGACCGAGCGCUCUGCAUCUGGAAGCCCUUCUUCACCAAGCAGCGACGAACCCUGUGGGCCGCCAGGUUGGUGGCCGUCCUGGUCUGGAGCGCCGCUAUCAUCUUCAGCACGCCGUACUUCAUCUACCGCCAGGUCUACGUGAAGAACAACAUCACCAAGUGUUCUCUGGAGGUGAAGGAGGACAACAGCAACACCAAACUGGUUCUCUACGUCAUCCGCUUCCUGUGCGGCUUCCUGUUACCCUUCACGGUCAUCCUCAUCUGUUACAUUCUGGCGGGAAUUGGCAUCCGGCGCACCCGCCUGUCGGGUAAGUCCCGCCCCCUCCGCAUACUAGCCUCAUUAGUCAUCGCCUUCUUCCUGUGCUGGGCGCCGUACCACUGCCUCCUGCUGGUGAAGAUGGUAGACAGUAAUAAUGCGGUGGUGAAGAUCUGGCAGCCUCUGGCGACAGGUGUGGCCUUCUUUAACAGCUGCGUGAACCCGCUGUUGUACUUCUGCAUGGGGCUGGACAUGAGGGGGCGGUUCAGGCAGAGUCUGGCGGCGGUGUACAAGAGGGCUCUGGCGGACGACACUGAUGGACAGACGACCCAGUCCAACGAGCACUCUCUGGAUGACAGCGGAGCGUGGAAACACAAAACUGUUGUCGUGGCAGACAACAACCUUUGAGUCUCUCUUCAAGAACACAGCUUUGAGCAUUUGAGGUACAUACUGAUGUUUCUUUCAUGCAGUUAUAUCGUCUUUUUUGGGCGUGCGAAUUAGAUCAAAUCGCUCAGAUAUGAUUGGAUGGUUUAGAAGUGGCCGUGGUUUAACACAUAGAUUGACAGGAAGACAACAAGCUAAAAAUGGAUAAAUCAGAUCUCCACAAAAUCAUACUUUUUUUUUUACUGGAUACGUUUAAGAUUAUGUCCCCAUAAUUCAAGUUGAGUCAUCUAAUAUAUUUUAUUUAUUCAACACUCAGAGAAAAGAUACAUUUUCUCAUAGUCUUCUAUACAAUCAAACUUAUUUUUGCAACCAGAGGAGUCACCCCCUGUUGGUCAGCAGAAAGAUUGCAAGUUUUAAGGCACUUCAGCAUUGGAUUCACUUUUCAGACCUGGAGGUUGCCGCCUGGUUCAUACACUGUUGUAACAUUGUACAUAAAGUAGAUUAUUUUUACACUUGAUUUCAAUUUAUUUUAGUAAUGUGUGAAAUUGUAGAGAUCUGAAACUUGCGUUAGAUGCAUGUUCCAUCACAACUGACUCACAAAUAUCAGCAUGCAGUCCAGUUCCUGUUGGUGUGUUCAAAUGCGAUGCCAUCAGUCAGAUGCAAACACUUUAAUGCAAUAAACAACAGCAUACAUAUUAGUCCUUUAAAAGUGCUAGAGCCUGUUUGUCUUUUGUCAAACAAAAACAGGACUUUCACCAAGGAAACCACUGUCCAUGUCCCAUGUGAGACCCAGUUUUGUUACGUAACUUCCGAACUUUACAAACACAUUAGCGUAACAAAAGUAGUUAUUUCACGGUACAAACUUAGGUAUUUUAUCCUAAGCCUAACUAAGUUGUGUUAGGUAAAUAACAUAAAAACUAAGUUAACUGACGUUGGAAGUUUAUUUUGGAAAGACAGUGAGUCACGAGACAAACGAAACAAAAACAAAUGUGACGUAAUAAAUUUACUUUUAGUUUGAGUUGGUUUAAUAGAAGGAGGUUCUGCUCACAGCUGCAUUACUGCAAGUUAUAAAAUGUGCCUUUCUCUCUCAGAAAUCCGUAUGUACUAGGAAAAAACAUGCAUGGUCUGGUCCUUUAAAAUCUGAGACUUUUUAAGUAUUAUUUACUUUUUUGGGUGCAUUUGAAAAUUUCACUUUUGUAAAUAUUUCCUGGACCUUACAGUGAGCAGACGGAAUGGCUGGAUGUUGACAUACUGAUUUUCCUGUAAAGUUGGGUUUUGAUGCAUGUGAUUAAAGUCACAGAUGGAAAGUGGAACUGUGGUGAGUCUGGUGGAAAAUGAAAGAAGGCAGAGGGGAAGUGAGACUUUUAAAAGGAAAGACAGUAAUAACUUGGCGCUGUCUUGUGUACAGCGGUCAGACUGAAGGGCAUGUGGAUUUAAACUGUCCAUUAAAUCCAUUUGUAAUCAUCUGUUACUUGGUUUUACCUGCACAUUUUUUGUUUGCUACCAUCAGAGAUGUUCAAAGGGGUUUAAAGAGUGUGAUUGUAAGCUUUGUGCAGAAGUGGGCAGAGCAUUUAUGGCUUUUAUGGGACAGUCAUGCAUUUAAAUGAUAAUAAAAUUAAGCCUAGAAGCACAAUGAACAUCAGUCCUUAGCAACCGACUCAUAAAACACAGCUGGACCUGCUCUGUAGAUCACUGAGAUACACGUAUGAGCGAUCAGACUGUUUAUCUUGAGCUCAGCUCUUUAGGUUUUAUGGUAUUUCUGUUCUGCUGUGUGCUCCGUAGCAGCUGCAUCACGUUGAAUGUUAUAAAGCUCGCAAUGUUACACUUUGAUUUUUCCUUUCUACUUGUUUUGUUGUACAUUUCUGGAACACAUGUUGUAUUAAUUUGUAAAUAUGAUUAUAGAGAAACUGUGAUAUGAAAAUAAAAGAUUUUCAAGUUGUAGGAAGUCUGUGAUUGA